AUGGCUGCGAAUCUUGAGCGUCUAAGCCGCUGCCAUGGGAUUAAAUUUAUUUCGGAGGAGUUUGUUCCUUUAGAGGCGGGGGUGUUGGCGGUAGGCGAAGUGAUAGGCUGUGAGAAUAUCAAGUCGGCUUCACGAAUGAGCGGGUCUAUCGUUGCUUUCCUGAGCUCUGAGGAUUUAGUUCCCAUAAUGGUUGAGAAAGGGGUUGUUAUUAAUGGCUCCUUUGUACAGGUUUCCCCUUUAGCCGUCCCGUCCCGCAGAGUGACGAUUUCGAAUGCGCCGCCUUUUCUUAAGAAUGAAACUAUAGCUAAAGAAUUGGAGCGGCAUGGACGUUUAGUUUCGAAAAUUCGUUAUAUCCCUUUGGGCUGUAAAUCGCCGGAUUUGAAACAUGUCUUGUCUUUUAGGAGACAAGUUUAUAUGGUUUUAAAUAGAAUGGACGGUGACUUAAACGUUGCAAUGAAGUUCAGAGUGGACGGUUUUGAUUAUGUGAUUUUUGUCACUUUGAAUGAAAUGAAAUGUUUUGGGUGUGGGAGUGAAGCCCAUUUAAUCAAACAGUGUCCUGAGAGGCAACAUGGGCACAAGAAAACUGACCAUGCAGUUACAGAAAAAGAGGGGCAGGAAGUGAAAGAUCGUCCAGUAGUGGCUGAUGGCGCAGAGGCGCUUGUAGAGGCGCGGGGCGUUAAGAAUAGAAAUGCCUCAAGAUCUGAGGGGCUAGAGGAUCAGGUGCCUCCCAGGGAUGAGCCGAAUGAAGGCGGUAGUGAGACUGUAGGUCAGACAACAGCAGCUGCAGAAAGUGUGUGGGGUGACAUUGACAUGGACGAGGGAGGCAGCAACGAGCCUGAGGAAAAAAGUGAAUUUAAACGUCCUGCUCAAAAGAAGCAAGGUGAAAGAGAAGAGCGGGCACGUAAGAAACUUGUUUUAAGUCAGGGCUCGGGGGUCAUUGGAGAGGAUCCCGCCUAUGGUCCUUGUCAGGAGGAUGUUCCCGUCUUCGCGGAGACGGCCGAUGACGGUUCAAUUGCGAGGAAUGUCGGGGAAGAGACCGAUGACGGUAAUAUUUCCAAUGGGUCUGCUGCCUCGGAGCCCCCAGAGUUAAAAGCCAGGGGGGGUUACAGCGCUCAGAGUGUAAAAGAUUUUUUGGUGAACACCGCCGGUAAAAAGGGGGUGGACGUGGCUGAGUUUUUCCCUGACAUUGAGCUCUUUAUAUCGUCUGUCCGCGGGUUGCGGCGGGACAAAGCAGCCUCCGCGAUGUUUGACGUUAAAGAGCUCGUGAGGCUCAAGAAUUUAACAAGUAAACUGAGGAAACAGUCUAAUUUAAACACCCCCUAAUGGCUAAGCCCCCUGUUAAAUCCACUCCACAGUAUUUGUGGUGGUCUCUGUGUUUCAUUGUGUGUUCAUCUUUAUAUUCAGAUAUCAUGACAAGUGUACAAAUAGGAACCCUAAAUAUUAAUGGGGGGAGAAGUGCAGAUAAGAGGGUCGCACUUUUUGAUUUUAUAAGACAAAAAGGUUUGAAUGUCACCUUUCUACAAGAAACCCACAUUGAUGAGCAAAAUCAGUGGGAGUGGAGCAGGGAUUGGAAAGGGGA